AUGUCAGAUGCUAAAGAUCCUGUUCACCGCAUUCAUGCUCCUGGCAGUGUCCAAGCUCUCGCGUUGGAUAACGACAUUCUGUUUGCUGGGCUACAAGGGGGGAUCGUUGCCGCCUAUUCCCUUGAUACCUUUGAGCUGGUGUCCUCCGUUCAGGCCCACGAAGAAAGCGUCCUCGGUCUUCAUCUGUGUUCGCGGCACGACCUUCUAUUCAGUACCGGCGCCGACUCUAUAGUCAAUGUCUGGUCUACACAGUCAUUGCAGCCGCUCUACUCCCUCCAUUCCCACUUCGAGGUUGGGGACAUCUUCUGUAUCAGCUACUCUUAUCGUACACGGGUUGCAUUCUUUGGCGCGCAGAAUGGGAGCAUUGGGUGGUAUCAGCUCCAUGACCAACGUAACGGCGACCAUCACAAUGCCCAUUUCAGCCCUGGUACCCGGAAACACCGCUUCUUUGACUCACUUGGCCCAGGAGGGUCACAAGAUCCACUCCAGCUAAGAGGUCCUAACGGAGCUCUCAACGCUGGUGGCCACAGAGCUACAAUAUCGAGUGAUCACUAUCAUGCUUACGGACACAAAAGCUAUGUGUACAGCAUGCUCCUUGUCAAGGGCCUGUUCCAGCACGACGAUGAGGAAGAAGUUCUCAUCACUGGUGGGGGUGGCGGCACCAUCAAGCUAUGGAAGAUUGAAGACUUAAACAAUGGAGGACUCCUCGAGCUCUUCAAGUUCAAGAAUAAAGACUCUAGUGUACUGAGUCUCAGCUAUUCAGGGACAUUUUUAUACGCCGGAAUGUCGAACGGUUUCGCUCACAUCUACAACCUCUCCAGCUGUCAACUGGUUCAGAAGCUGAAUGUAGGCUACGGACACGUCAGUCAAAUCCAGAUCAGCUGUGGAUCUAUCGUCUGUGGAACGAGUGCGGGAUGGCUCAAGCAGUACAACAGCCAGUUUGCUGAGACUGCAUGUUGGAAAGCUCACGACGGUAAAAUUCUCGCUUCUGACCACGAGCAUAUGCCGACUCGCAAGAUAUUCGCAACUGGAGGAAACGACAACACUAUUGCGCUCUGGGAUACCAAGGACCCAGCCUCGAAGUCUGUCGCUCAAGCUGCGCAGAGUGACGACGAUCUGCUGAGAACCCUGCGUAAGUUCGUCACAUAUCGUACGGUGUCUAGCAGCCAACGGUAUGCCAGAGAAUGCCAUGAGGCAGUCAACUUUCUCCGGAAGCUUUGCAGCGCGUUUGGAGCCACAACGACCCUCCUGUCGCCAGGCGAAGGCGUGAGCCCAAUUCUCCUUGCUAAGUUUACGGCUUCUGUGGACAGCAACGACAGCAAGAAUGUUUUGUUCUAUGGCCACUAUGACGUUGUCGAUGCAGAGGUACCGGCACCAGGCUCAACGAGCACCUGGAAUGGAGAUCCAUUCAACAUUGAGCCUUUGAAUGGCUUCUUCUACGGCCGUGGUGUCUCUGACAAUAAGGGACCUAUUCUUGCGGCUGUCUAUGCUGCGGCAGACCUGGCUCAGCGGGGGCUCCUGUCAUGUAACGUGUCUUUUCUCCUUGAAGGAGAUGAAGAGGCUGGGUCCCGUGGAUUCCGCCCGACUGUACAGCAGCAUCACGAAGCGAUUGGGCCCGUCGACCACAUAUUACUCUCGAAUAGCUAUUGGCUCGACGAUCACAUUCCUUGUCUAACCUUCGGGAUGCGUGGUGUUGUCCAUGCGACAAUACAAAUCGCCUCCGAUCGACCAGAUCUACAUUCCGGCAUGGAUGGAAAGUCUGUGCAGCACGAACCGUUGAAAGACUUGACGGUGCUGCUUGGAAGUCUUCUUGGUGGUGACGGAACUGAGAUCACCAUUCCAGGCUUUGACAACGCAAUAGACAAGCUUACUGAUACAGAAGCAAACGUCUACAAAAGAGUUGCCUCUUCGUUGUUGGAAGGACAUCCUGAGAUCAAAAGCCAGCAAGAAUUUGCACAGUCUCUGAUGCAACGGUGGAGAUAUCCCAACUUGACAAUCCAUCAGAUAUCGGUUCCUGAGGCCAAGACUGCCGUGACGAUCUCCAGAGUGGCUCUGGCGACGCUGUCGAUCCGCAUUGUCCCUUCUCAAACUGCUGAGGAUGUCGCACAGGGCCUAACCCGCCAUCUGGAAGACCGUUUCGCAAAGCUCGGUGGGACUAAUAAGCUGUCAAUCGGUAUCACCUCCAAGGCCGACCCAUGGCUCGGCAACCCUCAUUCACCUUUAUUCCAGGCUUUGCGCUCCGCGAUUGUCGACGUCUGGUCUCCUGCUACUGAAGCGGGCGGGCGAUCGUUCCCAAACUCUGGCACGGCCACGCCUACAGCGAGUGAUACCUCAACAGCCCGACCACCUCAUCGCCGAGCUUCCGUCCUCGCCAGUCAUGGUACGUUCACCACGUCCAACACACCGCAUGAACCACUCUUCAUUCGGGAAGGUGGGUCCAUUCCCGCGAUCAGCUUUCUGGAACGCGAAUUCGGUGCCGAUGCAGCCAUGUUCCCAAUGGGCCAAGCUAGUGACAAUGCGCAUCUGGACAACGAACGCAUACGAGUCGAGAACCUCUACAAAGGGCGAGAGGUUCUCAAGAAGGUCUUUGCCAUGCUCUGA